AUGUCACUUCCGUUCCCAAUGCCGUUCCCAUCGUCGAGGCGGUACCGUUGCCCUUGCCUCCGCCACCUAUUCGUCGCCCUCCCUUCCCCUUACCUUCGCGCUCGCUUCCCCUGCCCGUCGCGCUCCCGUCUCCUUCCCAUCGCGCACCCUGCCCUGUUCCCUCGCUUCCCCUGCCCGUCGCGCUCCCUUUUCCUGCUCGUCGCGCUCCCUUCUCCUGUUCGUCGCGCUCCCUUCUCCUGCUCGUCGCGCUCCCUUCUCCUGUUCGACGCGCUCCCUUCUCCUGCCCGUCGCGCUCCAUUCCGUCACUUAUCAUUUCUGUCACUCAUACGCUUCUCCCCCUUCCCUACGCGCUAUUCCCCCUUCUCUACUCGCUGCUCCCCUUCCCUAGACGCUGCUCCCCCUCCCUACGCGCUACUCCCCCUCCCUACGCCCUGCUCCCCUUCCCUACGCGCUGCUCCCCUUCCCUACGCGCUGCUCCCCUUCCCUACGCGCUACUCCCCUUCCCUACGCGCUACUCCCCUUCCCUACGCGCUACUCCCCUUCCCUACGCGCUACUCCCCCUCCCUACGCACUGCUCCCCUUCCCUACGCGCUGCUCCCCUUCCCUAUGCGCUGCUCCCCUUCCCUACGCGCUACUCCCCUUCCCUACGCGCUACUCCCCUUCCCUACGCGCUACUCCCCUUCCCUACGCGCUACUCCCCCUUCCCACUCAUCCCUUCUCCUUCCUUUCCGUCUCGCCUUCUCUCCUUCCUUCCCUCUGUCCAUUCUCCAAAGAGUAGGGAGGGGGACUGAAGAGACCUUUAUUCCCUCCCGCCUCACUCGCUCCCCUUGCUCACUCAGGCAACCGCCUUGCAUCGGGCCUGUCACUCACAAACUUACAUGUGACACUCACUCCCGUUCUACAAACUCACUCCCCUCCUCUCCUCUCCCUUUCCUCGUGUCCUUCCCUCCGUUUCCCCCCCUGUCCCUUCCCUCCCGUUCCCCGUGUCCUUCCCUCCGUUUCCCACCUUGUCCCUCCCUCCACCUCCCCCCUGUCUUUCCCUCCGAUUCCCCCCUUGUUCCUCUCUCUCUUUCCCUGUGUCCUUCCCUCCUGCCCCCACCUUCCCCCUCCCUUCCUUUCCUCCAUUCCUAA